GCUGUGAACAAAUGGCCUGGUGGAACAUACGGGAUACCACGUGCCCAAUCUGGCUGUCCAUCGUCCUUUGGAUUCACUUGGCGCACUGGAUGGCGUUACCAAGAUACAUCAGACUUUUUCCCAAGUAAUAAACACUCCAACAACUUCCAUUUAGAUGCCAGUGUGGACAAAAAUAAUCUGAAACGAGCCUUUUGUAUGAAAACGGACAAAGCUAAAGACGCGUCAAGACCACGUUGGCCCAAAGGUAUAAGCUUCCUCAAGCAAGGAAUAGCUGAGUAGAAUACGCUAACUUUGUUACUUUUCUCGUAACAUGUGCAAAUGGUUUAAUAUUUUUGGCUUCUCGGAUAAGUACAGAAAACCGCAGGCUCCGUCUCACAACACUUCUCCGGGUCUGACCUUUGUGGGACGCUAAAAAACCCACACCCACAAAGGUGAUGUUCAAAAAGAGUAUGGGACGUAGUCUUUGGUCAGGUUGGUUUCAAUUGGGACGCAAGCCCUGUUCCAUCCCCAGUUACCGCGUUGACUUACCAGGGCGACUCUUUCAAGGAAUUACACUAAGGUGGUCGUUGUGUUUGUCGAGGUUCGACUUAAAAAACUCUUGCGGGAGUCGAGAUUGUGUUAAUCUCCCAAAGUUGUCCGCAGCUAUAUUCUUCUCCUAUAUUCUCGUCCCAUCUGUGAUCAUUUUUUAAAAUUCUGAUCAUUAGAUCGUGAAGGCUAGAAGAUCAAAAGGAAUGAACAACCCAAAUGACUUCCUCGCUCUCCUGCUUUUACAAGACACAUUUACUAAUUUAUGCUUUCUCUUCUCUUAUCUACUUUAAAGGCAAAUACUGCAUUUACAAGAAGGUUUUAUGCCCUACUGGAUUCCAAAACGGCUACAUCACUUGGGAUGACGAAGACUGGUUUAACAAGAACAACAAAGGAGGUAUUCUUCCGGACGGUGUGUAUGGCAGUAACACAAAAAUUUACUACUGCUGCAGAACAGACGGAAAUAAAGUGGAGCCCAUUGAGCUUCCGACCAUCAAACCUUUUUUUCUGGUGGCUUAUGGUUCUGCCUCUUGCCAGCAAGUAAUGUGGGCUCAAGCUAGUUCGGAAUGGAUUCGUUUUGACACUGAAGAGGAUGACGACGGUUAUGGAGGGGCGUAUCCUUACGGGGCAGGGAUGAAUGACCACACCAUUCACUACUGUUACUAUUCAAGUGAGUAGAUAUUUCAACCGCUGGAAGUUACAAUAAGCUUGCCUACCGCAUACCAAAUAUGCGAGUAAUAUUUUUAACAGUGCUACUGGGGAAUUUUCAUCAAUUCAAAAGAAAACACAGAAGACCUGGUCUCUCUAUGUUCCGUUUUUGGAUGCGUGGUCUAAUUAUUAUUAUUAUUAUUAUUAUUAUUAUUAUUAUUAUUAUUAUUAUUAUUAUUAUUAUUAUUAUUAUUAUUAUUUGCUCUGAAUUUCUCCAAGCCUUAUCAGUUCUAUCCGAAACGCACCAAUGACAUUUAAGAGUCUCCAUAGCCAAUAAAAUCACGGCUUAACUGACGGACGGCCAAUAACAUCACCACUUAAUUGACCAAUCGGGUCAAUAAGCAGAGUUUAAUACCAUCAAUGACGCGAUACAACUCACUUUGACUCUGAAGAUGACUACCUCACAGGUUGUCGAAACGUCAGUCACUGUCAACAACAGUCCUAUUCAGGACUACGUUCACCCGGACGAUCAUACUCAACCUACUUAUGAAAUGACCCCUCAAAGCCAGCUUAAAACGUUACUGUAGGCCGUAACCUUUUUUUCUCUAACUACUGCAUUGUAUUUAGACCACAAAUUAUCUCACAUUUUCCUUAGAUAGCAAUUCAACUAGUAAAUUACAAUCGCGCGCUUGCGUAUUUCGCUCGGUCUACGUAUUACCCCUAAGACACAGCGUGUCCUCUUUCAGUUUACCGCCGAAAACCAGAGGGCAUAGUUUAUUUGCGUCUAAAGCAAUAGUCAACGGUUUUGUUGUUGAUGAUGAUGUUUUUGUUCUUUUAUUUUGUCAGGUUGUAACUAUACAUUGACUUCAUCUAGUGGCUCGUUCCAGUCUCCCAAUUAUCCAAAUUCUUAUCCGGCAGGCCAGUACUGUUCCUGGAGGAUAAAAGUUCCCGAGGGUCUUCAGGUAAAUAAGCCGCUUAUUACUCUGUUACUUUGUAUUUGUUUGAGACCCUUUGGUAAAAGUUCAGUUCAUCUUAAUUCACCGCUGUUGAAGCGAGAAGAAAACUUUUUUUUUUUAGAUCGGUUUCAGUUUCGGUUAUAUGAGUCCUUUUGCGGGUUUCGGUUUUAAGCCAUUAUCAAACAGCGGCUGCGCAGUUUAAAUCAGAAAUAGAAUUCUGGAGGUGGGGGAAUAAUUUGAAGAUGUGACUUGCGUAAAAUUCUCAACAGCUCCAAGAAGGCCAUUUUAUGUCAUGAUUAAAGACUCAAGGGACCUGCUAAGGGAUGACUACAGGUUCCACAGUCAUCAGUGCUUCGUGUCCCUAAGAUGGUCUGUUUUAGUUUCAGAGCGUAAAAAAGUUUAUUUAGUCCAUGUUUUAUUUGUACAAGUAUGAGUAGGAGAAAAUCCUGAGAAUGAGGUUGACAGUUGGCGUGACACGAAUAGGGAGUUUAAGCAGCAACGUUCUUAAGCGACGCACGUUAAAAGGAAGUGAGCCUUUUUUUUAGAAUACCUUAACGCCACCAAAUUUGUAUAGCUAAGUUUCUUUGCUCUUAAAGAGACGAUUUGCCAAAAAACUUUGUUCAAAAUCACGUCUCAAGAGUGUAAUAAGUCCACUUCCGGUUUACGUGCGUCGCUCACGAGAAAACCCCGUCGCUGCUUAAACCCUCUAAUAUUCAGAACGAUCUUUGUGUUUUAUGAAUUUAUGUUUUCUAGGUGGUAUUGAGGUUUCCUGAAUUCACACUCCAGAAAGGAAUUAACACGGACAACGUUCAACUGUUCGACGGACAAAAUGAGACUUCACCCUCCCUGGGUGUGUACUCAGGCGACAAGCUACCUGCACCUUUUGGAGUACGAUCAUCAUCUAACGAGAUGUUCGUCAUUUUUAAGACUGAUAACAAGAUUAAUUUUCCUGGAUUCAAGGCCUCAUAUUCCGCACAGAGGCCUACACGUAAGUAUAAAAAUAUAACAACAUUUUCAAAUUUCAAAAUGUGGAAGAUGAAUUUUAGGUGAAGAUGGAAUUCGUAUAGAAAGUCGAAAUGCAUCAACUCAAUGUCUUUGUUUGUAAGAGGAAAAAAAUACCCAAGCUUGGUGCCGCAACUCGAUCGCUUGCGAGUUAGUUUUAACUUAGAAAAGUUCGUCAGGAAAUCAAAACAAACCAUUCAAACUAGAUAUUUAUAGAAAGAAACACUUGACAGUUUCAAAAAAUGAUAACCUGUGGUGCCCUUAGUGUACACCAGACGCGGUUAAUCGAUAAAAAUCGAUAUCGGAAAUCAGUUGAUAUCGUCGAUAUUAAUCGAUUUAAUCCGCCGAUUAAUAUCGAUUGUUAUCGGAAAUCGGUAGAAAUCGAGUUCACAGAAAAAAUAGUUUAUCGAUUAUUAACUAUUAACAAAAUCGAUAACAAUCGAUGGGGAUCGAUAGUAAUCGAUAGCAAUCAAUAAAAGAUCAUUAUCGAUUUCUAUCGGAAAUUCAUCGAUAUUAAUCAAAGUCACAACUUUUUUUUCUUAAUUGAUUUCUAUCGAUCGAUAUCGGAAAUGAAUACUUAUCGAUGAUUGAUAUCGAUUACUAUCGAUGAUCGGUUUAUCGAUUAAGUACGUCUGGUGUACACAAAACUUCCCUCUGUAAUAUGCAAGAGUGGCAGCAACCUUGCAUAAUUGAAUUCUCGUCGAAUUGAUCUUUUCUUUUCUCUGUUUAGAACCUCCAUCAACUGUAACAACCGCCUCGAAUGUUUCCACAACGACCUCUUCAACAACCGCGUCCAGUACAACGAGAAAACGUUUGUCAACAAAGCCAACCUUUAAAACUACUUUUAGCAGCAGAAGCACUCAGACAUCAGCACCAACCGCCGCACAGACAACCCACUCCCCGACUUCUACACAGAUAACGUCUUCACAAAUAACUGCCCAGACAACUAAUUCCCAGACGACGGCACACAAAACCCAUUCUCCAGUCACUGCUCAGACGACACAUGUCCCAACUACUGUAGGUAAGACCCCUGUGCGAACUACUAUACAAGGAACCAAAGCUACCACCGCAUUCAAAAGUAAAACAAGCACAACAGGCACCGUCAAGACCUCGACAUCUAAAUCCUCUCCUGUCACAACCACCGCUGCUAGCACCAUAGGUCGUACGACAGGGACUGAAAACACUGCGACGCCUGUUACAAGUCAAGGUAUAACAACCAAAAGCUCAAGCAAAGGAGUCUCUGUAAAUAGAGGUAACAUUUUUAUUUGAUAGUAAGUCAUGCAGUUACUGGUAACACAGAUGCUAAGACAGUGCACGCUAACCUAAGGCAGGAAUUUUAAGCAAUAACCGUGCUAAUACUACAGUCUUACCCCCCUACCCCUAUCCAUACCUUUUGGAUACCGACAUCUUUAUAAUGGGGACAGUUGCAUCUGUCCUUUGAUGUCCGCACUAAGUGAGUUUUGCUGUUGAGCGUUUUGCGCGGACGAUUUUGGCGUCGUUCCUCACAGCGUAUAUGUAUAUAUAUGUAAAACACUGCGUGAAGGCAAAGGGGAGAGAGGCCAUUACAAGCCAUUCUAUGACCGCCACCAGAACCACCACUUUUUUAUCGUUAUGAUGGUCGAUUCUAGUUGUUCACUCAGUCUUCUGGGCUCAAACGGCAAAGAAUUUUUUCCAUGACAAAGACAGAUGGAAGGCAAAUAGGAACGAGAUAGAAAAGGACUUCCUAAACCCUCUCUUUGCUCUUAACAGGUUCAACGAAGCCCCGAAAGACCGAGCCUACUGAUGAAUCCCUACUCUCAACUCAAGAAACUCUCAGAAAUGAGUCCUCGAUUAGUUAUAGUAAAAAGGAGCCGGACAAUGGAUCAUCCAAUGUGCCCUUGAUUAUUGCUCCUGUGCUGUGCUUUCUACUUCUUGGAUUUUGUCUUUUUACGCUUUUUCUUUACCGCAGAAGGUGA